GAUGCAAGCGUGUACCUAAUCGAUCUUCCCGCUGAUCUCAAAGUGCGUUGUGUGCACCCACGAUUUCAUAUUUCCAAGCUUCGGCUGCACAUGCCAAACAACGACAAUUUAUUCCCAGGACGGGAGCCUGCUAACUUCUAUGACUUCGGGCAAGCAGAAGACCUCGAAUCUGAGGUCGAGGAAAUACUGACACACGAAUGGAAUGGUGACGAAGUAUUAUUCCUUGUACGUUGGUCCUUUGGCGACAGCUCCUGGGAACUGUGGGAAAAUGUCAAGAACCUUGCGCUGAUGGACAGAUACUUCAAAAUUGAAGGUGUCUCCCACGUGGAAGACUUGCCGAGAACUCGGCCGCCAGUCCGAGGGCUCCCUGCA